AUGGCGCUCACAUCUACGGGCAAAGAAGCGCACCCGUAUCGCCAUUUAAUUGACACGCUGUCAGAUGAGGGGAGCCUCAAGUUCUUUAACCCGCACAAAUUCAAUGAUCCAAGAUAUGCCAAGCUGCCUCUAUCCAUCCGCGUCUUACUGGAAGCAGCAAUCCGGAACUGCGACGGCUUUUACGUUAAAGAGGAGGACGUCCAGAAUAUUUUGGAUUGGGAGAAGCAGCAGGCUUCGGCCGAGGUGCCGUUUGCGCCAGCGCGGGUUCUCCUGCAGGACUUCACUGGGAUCCCAGCCAUGGUGGACCUGGCCGCCAUGAGGGAUGCAGUGGUCAAACACGGCGUAGACCCUGGCCUAGUUAACCCUAAAUGCCCCACAGACCUCAUUGUGGACCACUGUCUGCAAAAAGACUACAGCAAAUGCGCCGCACAGAACACGCCAAACCCCGGCGGAGGGGAAGGCACUUCUCGACCGACCCCUUCCAAGCCUCUUCCGAGAAGCGGCUCACACUGCGGAAGUCAGCGGGGCUCCUGUAGCAAAGCGGCCUGCCAUGACCCUACUUCGUCAGCGGGGGGGCGACCUCACGCUUCGGUGCAGCAAAUCGAAAACACGCCGCUCCUAUGCCCUUUCCACCUUAAACCGGUUUCAGAAGCUGAUACGUCGGUCAAGAAUCAGGAAAUGGAGCUGACUAGAAAUAAAGAAAGGCUUCAAUUCUUUAAGUGGUGCUCAAAAGCCUUCAAGAACGUAAACGUGGUUCCCCCGGACGUCGGCGCCGUCCACCAAAUCAAUCUGGAGUAUCUUUCUCGAGUAAUCCAGGUCCGUGGUGGAUUCAUCUACCCUGACAGCGUGGUGGGCACGGACUCGCACACAACUAUGAUCAACGGCCUCGGCAUCCUGGGCUGGGGCGUUGGUGGAAUCGAGUCAGAAGCAGUGAUGCUGGGGCAGCCGGUAUCUCUGACCCUUCCGCAAGUGGUGGGCUGCAAAUUGGUGGGCUCCAUUAACCCAUUAAGCACCUCUAUAGACGUCGUCCUCGGCAUCACCAAGCAUUUGCGGCAAGCCGCUAUCGCCGGGAAAUUUGUCGAGUUUUUUGGACCCGGUGUAUCACAGCUGUCGGUUCCCGACCGGACCACUAUUGCCAACAUGUGCCCCGAGUACAAUGCCACUGUCAGCUUUUUCCCCGUCGACCAGGUCACCAUUAAGCACUUUAAAAACACACAUUUCUCCCAAGAAAAGCUGGAGUUACUUGAGUCCUAUCUAAAAGCUGUAAUGCUCUUCAGAACCUACGAGGACUCCAAGGAAGACCCUCAGUAUUCCGAAGUGAUUGAAAUCAACUUGAGCACCAUGGUGCCGCACGUGAGCGGGCCCAAAAGGCAGCAGGACCGCGUGGCUGUCUGUAGCAUGAAGGAAGGAUUUCAGAGUUGUCUCGACGACAAGUUGGGCCCAAGAGGCUUUAAUAUUGCCAAGGACAAGCAAGACAUCAGGGUGCCCUUCCUGCACGCGGGUCAGGAGUACCAGCUGGCCCACGGCUCGGUGGUGGUCGCCGCCGUCAUCAGCUGUACAAAUAACUGCAACCCCGCUGUCAUGCUGACGGCAGGCUUGCUUGCCAAGAAGGCGGUGGAGGCGGGUCUCCUGGUUAAGCCUUAUAUCCGAACCAGCCUAGCGCCAGGAAGCGGCAUGGUCACGCAUUACCUCAACGCCAGUGGAGUGCUGCCCUAUUUCAGCCAGCUGGGCUUUGAAGUGAUCGGCUACGGCUGCGCCACGUGUGUGGGAAACACGGCGCCUCUGCCAGAGAAUGUCGUGGAUGCCAUCAAACAGGGCGACCUGGUGGCUUGCAGCGUGCUCUCCGGCAACAGGCACUUGGACGGCCGACCGUGCGACUGCAUACGCGCCAACUACCUGGCCUCGCCGCCCUUCGUGGUGGCGUACGCCAUCGCGGGCACCGUGGGCAUCGAUUUUGAGAAAGACCCUUUAGGCGUUACUUCGGACGGGAAGGAGUUGUACCUCCGUGACGUCUGGCCGUCCAGGGAGGAGGUUCGACGGACGGAGGAGGACGCCGUCAUCUCCUCUGUUUUCAAGGAGCUCAAGGCAAGAACGGAGAAAGGAAACACGUUCUGGAACAGCAUCGAUUGUCCCGAGUCUGUCAUUUUCCCCUGGGAUGCCAAAUCCACGUACAUUCGCUCGCCGCCAUUUUUCAGCAAAUUAAGUAAAGAAGUCCCGCCCCUCCAGUCGAUAGAAAACGCGCAUGCCUUAUUGUUCCUCGGCGACAAGGUGACAACAGACCACAUCUCACCCGCCGGAAGUAUCGCCAGAGUUAGCGCCGCUGCCAAGUACCUGCUCAGCAAAAGGUUGACUCCUCGGGAGUUUAACUCUUACGGCUCACGGCGGGGUAACGACGCCGUGAUGACCCGAGGGACGUUCGCCAGCAUCAAGUUGCAGAAUCGACUGGUGGGAAAAGCGGGGCCUAAAACGCUACACGUCCCCUCGGGGCAAACGAUGGACGUGUUCGAGGCGGCCGAGCGCUACCAAAAAGACGGCGUUCCGUUAAUCAUCCUGGCCGGGAAGGACUACGGAUCGGGAAACUCCCGCGAUUGGGUGGCCAAAGGACCUUACUUACUGGGGGUCCGCGCCAUCAUUGCGGAGAGUUUCGAGCGCCUGCACAAGAAGCAGCUGGUGGGCAUGGGCAUCCUGCCCCUGCAGUUUGCGCCAGAGCACAACGCCGACACGCUGGAGCUCAGCGGCGCCGAGAGGUUCGCCGUCGACUUGCCGCAACGCCUCGCGCCCCGCCAGCAGCUCACCGUCAAGACGGACAACGGCAAAAGUUUUGAUGUCACGGCCCAGUUGGACGACGACCUGGACGUCAUCUUUCUCCAGCACGGGGGGCUCCUGAGAUAUGUGGCGCGGACAAUGCUCUGA